AUGACGGAUUUUGGCCGGUCUAAUGCCCCUUUAGAUUUUAAGCUAUGUGUAAUCUGCCAAGAAAAAAGUACAGCCAAUCUUGUUGAAAAUCCAACUUCCCAUCAAAAGCUUUUAGAAACCAUCGAAGAACGUUCAAAGUACGAGGACAUCAACUCGAAAACAUUGUGGCUUGUGCUUAAAGAUCUACCACUAGAAGAGCUUAAAGAAAAAGCAACAUGGCAUAGGUCGUGCUACCAAGAAACCACCCACUCACGAAAGAUCAAGAGGGUAAAAGAGAGGUUUCAGAGAGAGGUUAGAGGGCCAAAUGAAGCUCGAAGAAAGACAAGUGAAUCGCUUCAGGUAAUUGCUAGGUGUAAUGGCUUAUAACUUUAACUUUUUAUUUUAUUGUGUUUUUCAUCUUGGAAUCGCUGAAAAGGUAAUGACAUCCUUGACAUCCCAAAACAUUUCAUUUCAUUUCACUAACCAGGGUCUUCUUACAAGGUCGAAAACCGUCCCUUAUGACAGCAAUCUGUGCUUCUUUUGUGAAGAGAAAGCGAAGUACCAGAACCCUCUGCAUUUGGUGUCAACAUCAUCUGCUGGUAGCUCUCUUGAUAAUGCAGUAAAGCAAUCACAGGAUCCUAAACUGCUCGUGAAGCUCUCGACGGCUCUAGACAGCACUGACGCUCAUGCCAUUGAUAUUAAAUAUCAUAAAAGCUGCUGGGCGAAGCAUGUGACUGGGGUCCUGCGUGAAACUAUCAAAGAUGACGAGGAAAGGUCAAGAAGUGAGACAGCGGCUAAGCUGGAGUUUUUGAACCUUAUCCAAGCUGCCCUCUAUAAGGAAGAAAUACUCAACAUGGCACAGUUGAAACAGGCUUUUGAUUCCAUUUCAAACGAGAACAAUAGUCCAAAGACUCUAAGUCGAUGUUCAGUUAAAGAGCUUAUCCAGAAAGAGAUAAAGGGAGUUGAGUUCCAUAAGCCCACUAGAGCUAAUGAGCCCGAGAGGGUCAGCGUAAAGCAGUGUAGAGAUGCCGCUAUCCAUAUCGUAGAGUCCACAGCUGACAGUGAUGAAUCUAUGAAAACUCUCUUCGAUGCCGCUUCAAUACUGAGAAAGGCUAUUAAUCGAAGCGAGAAAUGGGUCUUCUCUUGCUCUCUGGAUACAAUGACACAUGAUCACUGCCCCGAAGAGCUUACCUGCUACUUUAGGUGGAUAAUCCAAGGUCCCAAUAAGACACUAUCUGAUAAAAAGUGCAAUGAGGUACACAAAAGAGCAAUGCAAUUAGCGCAGAAUACAAUAGCUUUGUGUCUAACGGACAGGCAGGUUGACAAUAAGAGGUCAAAAGCGGUCUACUGCACUAGAGAAAUGCCCCAACACCUCGCAGUUAGCCUAGCAAUACACCAAGCAGUACGAAGCAAAGAGCUGGUUAAUCUCCUCCAUGGAUUUGGCAUGGCUGUAGAGUACAAUCGCUUGUUGAGGGUGGAGUCACAAAUUGAGAAAACUGUCCUGAAGCGCAUAGAGAGUGAAGGUGGCAUGUUUCUCCCUCCGGAUAUCGUGAAAGGACGGCACGUAUAUUUUGCUAUUGAUAAUAUCGAUUUCUCAGAGGAUACGCCGGACGGGAAGAGUACUCUA